AUGCAUGCGCCCACCGCCGCCUCCCACGAAAGUCGUGAUAGUUCGACCUCGCGAAGAUCAUCGCCAUCACCACCACCAUCGCCGCCACCGGAGAGACCAUUCGCGGGGUUGACGCCGACCAACACGUUCGCAAGUCAAAGAAAUGAUUCGAUCGUGGCGGAGAACAAUGCCUUGGCUGAAGAGUUGGCGUUGCAGUUGAGUUUUGUUGAGGAGAUGGCGGAUGCUUCGAGGUCGAGCGACGAGAUUCUGGAUCAUGUCGAAGUUCCUGGCGCAGAGAGUGAGCACGAGGAUGAAAGCCAAACAAGCGAACACAUGUACAGCGACCUCGCUCCCGAGAUGACCCAGUCCGAGCCUGAUAUGGAUCGCACUGCAGGUGCCGGCCGCAUCUUCGCCCGCCCAGUUCCAGAUCGUCCACCCAGAUCGACGUCAAUGCCCUCGCGGCCGCUGAGAAGCGCUCUGGUAGUGUUGCCGCCUCCGACAGAAGCAAUGAGUGCCAACGGUAGCAGCAAGAAGAAAACACACUUCGAUGAUGGGGGAACUACAACAGACUCUGCGCCUCCCCAUCACUCGUUGCUUCGGUCAGGUCUCACACGAGAUCUCGUAGACCAAGCUCGUUCUGGAAGCCAGAGCGCUGACUCCCGGGACCUCAUUCCCACUAGCGCCUUUGGUCCUGCAGAGCUCGCCGCUGCCCUUGGAGUUUUCGAAGAGGCGGCCGAGGAGCUUUGGGAAGUCGCCGAGGAGCACGCAGAAGCUCAUGGCCAGCUCAGUGACGUCGCAAGAGACCUUGCUGGCUUCGUUCUCGAGCGGCGGUCCGGAUCUCAUGGCAGUGUCCGCACAAUUUCCGAUCUAGACGAAGACGUGGAGGCUUUCCUGCCGAGACGUGGCAGUGCGGCAGAUCUUGAUGUCGAUGAGAGCUGCAUGGACGACAGCAGUAAGUCGAUCAGCAUGUGCGAUACGGAGGAGCAGGAUGAAGAGAACGAUGCCGAAGAGGCGCAGCCGCUGGCACGACCUAAGCCAGAGGUCGUCUUCAUGACAUCGGAAGGCAACAUCAGAAAGCUGGACCUUGACACCAUACCCGAGGAGAGGAACAGCAGUACUGAGACCGUUUGGGCACCGAGCAGCCGCAUGUCCCGCCGGGGUCUUCGACGCCACAACUCAGAGCCAGAAGGAAGUGCUGGACCAGACGCAGCGCUGAAUCUCAUCCCGCGCCGGGCGUCCAUGAGCGACGCUGGCAAGAUUCCUGCACGAUUGAGGAUGCUGCAGGUUCCUGGCAAGACUACUCCAGCCGCAUGUGCGGUAACAGCUUGCAGCGUCAAGGCUUCGGAGCCAGUAAGCAUGGUGGCUACUCUUGAGCACCACGAGACUGGACCGUCACGCUCGACAAGGACCGCGCAAACGGAAGACCCUGCGACACCAUCUCCCGGUGGUAUGAAGACUCUGCCUUAUCGGCCUCUCAACCCUGGUCUGUCGACGCCUGAAGAUGACAACAGCUUCCCCGGCCCGCCGAGUCCGAUGCAGAAGGUCAAGACCAAGCUGGCUGUGUGGUCGUGGGCGAGGGAGCAGGGGCUAGACGCGGAAGACGGGCAACCAAAGUGGAUGGAGCUGCUGGAUCCUCAUGAAGAGGCGAUUUAUCACGCUUCUACCGACCACAGCCCACACGCUGAUGAACGACCGCUCACGCCGCCAAACUCGCAUCGGACCAGUGUUGCGUUUCUGUCACCAAACAAUGCGGGAACGCCGAAGCACUCGACGUCUCCUAGCCCCGCCAACCACUCCAAGAACGCCUCAGAAAUUAUCGAAGAAGACGACGAGGAGCCACCGCUUGAGCUGAAAUCAAAGUCGACCAACUCCCGCCCUUGCUCCAUCGAACAAGCCCCUACACACGACUACCUCACCAUCCCCGUCUCCCGAUCCCAAAGCGCGCCAACCUCACCCAGCGAACCACCUGGCGCAGCCCUUCCACGACAAUUAUCCAAUCUAGCAGCAGAGGAGACACACUUCACCACCCACCGCAACUCCGUCGACCUGCUGCAAUACCGCAAACAGCACGAAGCAAAAGUCAACCACAACCUCAUGAACGCCCGCGAUAGCAUGAUCCUCACCAAAUCGAAGUUUGAGGAGAGCUACCCAAGGGCUCUCUUGGAUGUGCGACCGGCGUGGAGUCGGGAGCUCUCGUCGAUUACUGAUGCUUCGCCGCCUGAUGCUAGGAGGGCGGCGGGCGUGAGGGCGAUGGCGAGAUCUGUUUUGGGUGCGGGACAGAUGCAGCAGCAGCGGAGUCGGAGGGCGGGGUUUGAGGUUGAUGAGGCGGAGCAUGUGAAGUAG